UGUUGUGUUAAUUUGUGUUGUUUAAUUUCACGAGGAAAUGAAUGAGUGUAUAAACUCAAAAUGUUCAAGCGUCUAACUACGGUGUGAAUGCACCAUAAGGCUAUGUGUCAUAUUUCUAGUGAGAAGAGCGGCACAACCCCAGAAGGGAUGAAGACCAUCUCUUUUCAAACCGGUCAGGUCUGCCCCAAAAGCUUGUCCAAUUGUGUAUUAAACCUAUGUUAUUCUGUGGGCAAUUUUUAAGUAAACUAGUCUGCUUUGGAUAUAACUACAUUUCCUCUUUGAGAAAGCAGGUAUGUGCAAACCACUGACAGGAAACCUGACGGAUACACUGAGAGUUUUUAACCAGUUGUAUGUUUAACAGUCAACCUCAACGAUGAAUGUCUAUCUUCUGAUCUCUGUCACAGUUCUGCUAGGUUUAUGUUCCUGCGAGCCGGUCUUUGAUAUCACGGAUCCAGCGUUCAUUGAGGAAUGUGUGAGAGAACACAACAAGCACCGCUCCAACGUGAACCCCACGGCCGCAAACAUGCGCUACAUGACGUGGGAUGAAGGCCUGGCGGUGACGGCGCGGGCCUGGGCCAGAUUCUGUGUCUUUAAACAUAACAUUUACCUCAGAGAGGUGAGAAGAGUCCAUCCCACAUUCACAUCUGUGGGAGAAAACAUCUGGGCAGGAACACCGUACUCCUCAUUCAAACCUGAAUCUGCAGUGAAGUUGUGGAAGGACGAGGACAAAGAUUACAAUUACGAUACAAAGAAUUGCACAAAAGUAUGCGGCCACUACACACAGAUUGUCUGGGCAGAUUCGUACAAGGUUGGUUGCGCCGCACAAGUGUGUCCCAAUGGUGUGGCUGAAACAUCCUUCUCAACAAAGCCUGGGAUCAUUUUUGUGUGCAAUUAUGCGACCGCAGGAAAUUAUCGAGGUGCAUCUCCGUACAGAAGAGGUGAACCAUGCAGCGACUGCAAACAAGAGACGUGUGCAAACAACCUCUGUCAAAACUCCACUCGUGAUGCACUGCAGAGUUAUAAUUGGACUCCAGACUGGGACCCAUCGCCGUCCUCCUGCGCCUCUGGUGGUUGUGAUUAUCAGACUCAUAUUUUGGUCCUGCUCAUGUUUGCCUGCGUUUAUGGCCUACAGCACCUGUAUAACCUGUUUGAAUACGAGUAAACGUCUGGACUCACAGAAGCUAUGAUUCCACUGGACCGAGAGGAACAUUAAUGUUUGGGAAACCGUAAUUUCUGCUAGGUUUAUGUUCCUGCGAGCCGGUCUUUGAUAUCACGGAUCCAGCGUUCAUUGAGGAAUGUGUGAGAGAACACAACAAGC